AGCGGCGCCGGCUCCGAUCCCGCCGGGCACGGCUCCGGCUCCGGCUGCGGCUCCGGCUCUGAUCCCGCCGGGCUCCACUCCCGCUCCGGCUCCUCCGGGUGCGUCUCCGCUUCUCGCUCCGGUCUUUCCCCCGGUCCCGGCUCCCGGUGCCGGUGCGGCUGUCCCGGCCAUGGGUUUGGUGGCGGGCGCUCCUCCGCCGUGAGCAGCAGCAGCAGCGGGACCCAGCGAUGUUGCGGGGGGAAGAAGUUGCGUGGAAGCCAAGUAAGGAGAUGGAAUAAGGAAGCAGCAGCAUCCCCAAACACAGGUCUUGGCGUUUCAUUGCUGAGGCAAAGACAAGCAACACCAGUGUGUUUUCUGCUGUAAUAUAAUAAUAUAAAAACAUAAUAAACCACUGCUGGAUGCUUUGCCAAACAUUCGAGGGACGAUGCUGAGCACACGUGGGAUGAUGAGCCACUCUGGACAGAUGCUGGUCCAUGGUGGUGCAGGUCAGGCAUCCAUCCCUGUGGGGAUGGAAAAGUCAGGUCCUGCUCCCAAACCAGUGGGUAAGAGUUUAACCUGGAGAGAGCCAGGGGCUGCUUGCACGGGAAACAACCCUGUCAGAUCAGCACUGCAGGAAACAUGUGGGGCCCGCUGGAAAAAGUGCAGAUCCUGCACAUUUUUUUGCUUUUUCUACAGAAACCAACUUCAGAAGGUUGUGGGGUAUUGGGGAUUUUUAUUUUUAUUUUUUUUUGUGUAGGUUUGCAUUUCUUGUGUCAGUGUGUGACUCUUAGGAUGUGAUCCAUUUUUCCUGGAAAAGCAGCUAGCUACCAGUCAGCAAGAGAGGGAGUGUUUGUGGUGGUCCUUUGGUCUCUGGGAUUGGAUUUCAGAGCCCCACCUGGACACUGAGCAGAAUCCAACAUAGCCAAGGCUUCCAUUGGGAUUUUGUUUGCACGGCGUGGAGAAAGAAUGAGCUUAUUCCAUCACAGAUGAUUUUCCAGGAUAUGUUUUUGGCAUUACAGAGUGUGGGUGGGACUGUUUAAUUCCUCCAUAUCCUCCAGUUUUCUUCCGUAGUGUGUGGAAAUACGCUGAAAUAUCUGUCUCCUGAGGCAACUUUCAGCUGAGAAUUACAGAGUCAUAAAAGAACAACAUUAUUUUUUCUUCCUGUGGGUUAGAUUAAGCGUAUUUGUGUCAGUAGACUGGUGAAAUGUCCCUUUGCUGCUUUUAAAAAUUAUUUUUAUCCUCUCUGCUCUGGUUUCCUUGCUCCUUUCUGGUGUGAUUUCUUCCCUGUGUUCUGAGAAUUCCCCACAUGUGCUUUUCCAUAUGCUUUCCUAUGAUACCUGAGCUGAUUUAGCUGGGAGCUGCUGCUUUGUUCCCUCUUUGGAAGGUGGCUGUGGACAGCUGUUGGUCUUGGACAGGUUGGGAGGCUCAGAAAGGGAGAAAUUAGGGUGGAAAAGGUGAUAGGACACUCUGGGACUGAGGAGAUAAGCCCAGCCUGUGUGGAGUCAGAGCAAGGGGAAAGAGUGUGGGCUGGCUGAAAGGAAAACAGAGAUGGGGCAAAGGGAAGAGGAAAGAGUGAACCUGAGCAAAAAGAGCUGGUGGCUGCUCUGCAAGAAGAGGUGGUGGGUGAGGAGCAGUGUCCAGGGGUGUGGGAGGAGGUGCAUGAAGAGAAGGGCACCAGAGCUCAGCCAGGGCUUGUGAGACAGAGAUAAGCAGCAGCAGGUUAAUCUGCAGGGCAGUGUCUGUGUCUGGGCAGGACAGAAAACUUACACAUGAAGAGGGCUUGGACACACUGCCCCUGCAUUCAAAUCUCCCUCCAUGGAGGGAGAUUCCAUGGGGAGAGUUCCGUGAGGAAGAGGAGGAAUGCAAACACCUCAGUGACAGCAGUGCCUUGCAUGCAGGCACUCAAAUGAUGUUUUCCAUUCCUAAAACUUCUCCAGCAUCUGUGCUAAUAUGGGAGUUGACAGAGCCCUACUGAGCACUGGGGUGCAGUGUCCCGGGUGACUUCUUUUUUCUUCUGGAUUCUUCUUUCUAGGACAUCUCUACUUGCUGGCCACUGAAGCUAAAAAAUGGGGCUUCAACCCAGCUUGGGGAAAGCUGCACUGUUUUAGACAGCUCUGUGGAGGAUUUAGGUGGGAAAUAGGUAGGAAAACAGGUUAAAAAUUGAUUAAAAAUAGAUCUUUUCCCUCUGAAGCAGGUGUAGAGGGCUAGAGGAAGGCUGGGUUGGCAGUAGAGGGGAUUGGGGUCUUUAUAUUAGGAAUGGAAAAGCUGUAUUCCUUUUUUUUUUUUUUUUUUUUUUUUUUUUUUUUUUUUUUUUUUUUUUUUUUUUUUUUUUUUUUUUUUUUUUUUGCUGCUUCAGUAGGAAAUUCUGACCUUAGGUCUACUGAGUGUAUGCUGGAAUCCAAAAAAUCCAUCUGCAGGGUGUUUCUCUUGGACAGCAGGUGAGAAUGGGAUCCCUGGAGGAGCUGUCCUUAGUUCUCUUUCCUUAUCCCGAGUUAAUAAGGACACCCUGCCAAAAGGGUAAAGCACUUCCACAGAGAUGCAGGGCAAAGGAACUGGUGCAGCUGUUGCUGCCCAUAUUCUUCCCCAUAACCCUCCCUGCCUCAUUCCCACUGCCUGUGCCUGGGGCUGGGUGUGUUGGAGGAAGGCUCUGGGUCAGCCCCACGCUCAUUUUCCCUGUGCUGUUACCCCACAGCCAGGUCAGUUUUGAGGAAGAGAGCCAGGAUCCACCUGCUGUGGGACACUGGAAGCCCCUGAUGCCAUCCAAAGGUGACAAGGAGGAGCCAGAGAGUGGAUGCCAGGAUGCUGGAGGUGUACAUGAACCCCAGUCCGUGGAGCAGCUCAACGUGUCCCGGCUGCGCAGCUCCUCGGUGGAGAUCCGGGAAAAGGGCUCCGAGUUCCUGAGAGAUGAGCUGCACAAAGCACAGAAGGAGCUGAAGCUCAAGGACAAGGAAUGUGAGAGAUUGUCAAAAGUCAGGGAACAGCUGGAACAGGAACUGGAGGAAUUAACAGCCAGCCUGUUUGAGGAAGCCCACAAGAUGGUGAGAGAAGCCAACACCAAACAGGCUGCGGCAGAGAAACAGCUCAGGGAGGCCAGGGGCAAGAUUGACAUGCUGCAGGCAGAGGUGACAGCCCUGAAGACGCUGGUGAUCACAUCCACCCCCUCCUCCCCGAACCGGGAGCUGCACCCGCAGCUGCAGAGCCCUUCCAAAGCUGGCUUCAGGAAGGGCCACGGGCGGAACAAGAGCACCAGCAGUGCCAUGGUGUCAGCUGCCAGCCAGAGCGUGGCUCCAGAGCCUGCCAGCCGGGAGUGCAAAGAGGUCGACUCCAUUUUAUUUGCCGAGUUCCAGGCCUGGAAGGAAUCUCCAACUCUGGACAAAUCCUGCUCCUUCCUGGACAGAAUUUACCGAGAGGAUGUAGGACCUUGUCUGGACUUCACCAAGCAGGAGCUGUCAGAGCUGGUGCGAGUGGCUGUGGAGCAGAACACCCUCACCAUCGAGCCAGUGGCUUCCCAGACUGUCCCUGUAGGGAAGGUGGCAGCAGAAGGGUGUGGUGGCCCCAAUGGCUUCCGGUCACAAAUCGUAACGAAAUGUGCUCUGAGCGGGCUCCCCAGGACCUGCAAGCACCGGAUCAUGCUGGGGGAUUCUGGGAAUUACUACUACAUUUCCCCUUCCUGCAGGGCCAGGAUCACAGCAGUGUGCAACUUCUUCACCUACAUCCGCUACAUCCAGCAAGGCCUGGUGAGGCAGGAUGUGGAGCUGAUGUUCUGGGAGGUCAUGCGGCUCCGGAGGGAGAUGUCUCUGGCCAAACUUGGAUUUUAUCCCAGUGAGAUGUGAGCAGAGCCCUGAGCGUGGAAGGAAACUGCUCCUGGAAGAAGGGCUUGGAGUGCAGUGCCUGUCUUGCUCCCUCCCACCUUCCCUCUGCCUGGAGCAAGGAGCAAGUGGCACAAGUUCCACCUUCAGCUGUCCCACUCGUCCAAGUGUGACUGGAAUGCAGCUGCCACGCUGCCCCUGGAGCUGGGCUGGCCCUGGCUGCUCCAGGAUGGCCAUCCAUGGACUCUGGAGUCUCCUAUAUGCAGUGUAUAUCCAUGCUUUUUAAACUUUUUUUUUUUUUUAUGCGCAGCCUGCUCUGGCAUGACCCGAGUCCUGUGCAGGGUGGGAAUUCUGGACCUUCCUUGUGAGCCAGUCUGUCAGGACAGAUGCUGGCUGUCUGUUCCACUCGUUUUUUUUUGGGAUGGAGGGUGCUGUCCCCAAGGUCCUGCUGACCACAGCAGCCCUGAAAAUGCCAGCAGAGCACAAUAGUCUGGAACAGUUUGUUUCCAAGUACUUCCUUGUUCCUUUUCAAGGAGCCUGCAAGAGAAGUUUGUUGCCAGCGGAGUCACAAAGAGGGAUUUGUUCCUGUUUUUAGCUGGAUGUUUGGCUCUGGGUUAUGCAGGCUGGGGAAUGGCUGGAACUGUGCACCUGGGGCCUCCAGCAGAAGAAAGGGAGCAGGGAGAUUCCCUAACUCCCAGCUGGCUGCAGGACUUUUCCCCCUGGAUUAGGGAAUCUGCUGCAGUUGUCAGAGGCAGAUUCCAGACCCUGAGUGAAGUCCCCCAUGAAGCUCCUAAACACAAACCUCACUCACAAACAAGCUUUGGAGCUGUUCCUGCUCUUGAGGGAGCUUUGGGCAGUCCUGUUCCCACUCUUCAGGCAGAACCCAUGCUCCCAGGCUGGGUUCUUUGUGUCUCCAGGAUGAGCCUGCCCAAGCUGGGCAGCCCCAAAGCCCAGAGGUUCCUUCCCAGUGUUACAUCAGACCUGGAGAUGCCUGUCCCCUGGGAGUCACAACUUUCCCUGGGCUGCCAUUCCCUGGUGAGGGAAUGAGACCUUUGUGUGCACAUAGGGGAUGUGGCUGAGGCUGCUGCCUGCCCCAGAAUGUGCUGGGAGGGAGGGGUGUCACUGGAGCUGUAGGAAUGCACAGGCCAGACACAUCCUGAGCUCAGACCCAGGUUUAUUAAAGCCGUGACAGUAUUUUGUAGCUAUUUUAGCCUUUUUUUUUUUUCAGUGACUCUGGAAUCAGCUCAGCCACCACUCUCUCUGGGGUUUCCACUUCUGACAGGUUUGUCACCCUGUCCUUCUGCCACCCUCAGCAAGCUGGUGCCCAUCCUCAGCUCCAUAAUUCCAUCCUCUCCUGAAGGAUAUUACAGCAGGAAACUCAGUUUUCUUCCAGAGAGCUGCUGGAUUUUGUCUAGGGGAGAGAGCAAUAACACAGCUUUGGUUUCCCCAGCUGUGGAUUUCAGCUCAGGUGAAUUCCACCCCUGGAACUCCUCCCUGCAUCUCUUCCCCUGUCCUUUCAAUCUCUCCACAUCUUCCUGUGCCAUGAGCUGCUCUACUGCACAAACCUUACAGCACUGGGAACGAGAUGAUCUCUCUGGGUAGGAGAUGGUUUGGUUUGUGGGAUAUAUUUUUCCCCAUGUGUCACAUUGAAAAGCACUUUGAGACAGCAGUAACUGGAGCAAUGCCUGGUCUGAGGUUGUCUUGCAUUUCAAAGAAAGCAGAGAGCACAGUUUGUGAAGGAAAAUGAAGUCACUCCGUUAGCAGCAGGAUGGUUGCACCCUGCUCUUUCAUAAAGGAAAAUAAACAUUUGUUAUUAACCUCUACAAGCCUGGUUGGAGUUGGAGGGUUGGAGUGCUUGGGGUACAAGAGAAAAUCCUACAGUAUGGUGUUUGGGAUGCUUUUAUUCAUUAGAACAGGUACCUGUUCUUCCUGAGGGAAGAUGAGGCUUCUCCUGCUCGGUUGUGUCUCUUUAAUUUGCUGGCUUGAAGCAUUGCACGGGUGCUGGGUAACUGGAGGAUCUUCUUCCUUCCUCUUCCCUGAUCAGUCUCCCCCUUCUCCUCUCAGCAGGCAGAGGUUUUGGGUCACUCUGGUUUCACUAAAACCACUUGCUCUCCUCCCUGCUCGACUCUGCACAUGAACAUGGAAGAUCUCCUCAUCGCCUCUGGGAGAUGCUGUGUACAGAAAGAUUUAAUUUCAUUUUCACUUAAAAAGCCACGCAAGAAUCUGGUUGUGCAGCACAGUCAGGCAGCCACGAGAGGGCACAGGCAGCCCAGGUAGGGACUGUUCUCCCUCCCUGUCUUCCCUGGAAGAAUGGAGCAUCUACAGGUCUCACCUGCUCCUCAUCCUCCCUGCAGCCUCUUUAUAGGGAAACAUUCCUGCAGCUUCCCUGCGCUGCUGGGAAAGGGUAUUGGGCAGCUGGAGAAUGGAAAGGAAAGGAAGGAUUUGGAUUUCUGUAAGGGAUGGUCAGGUGAAUGUUUUGCUGUGUCGGGGUCUUUCAGUGUAAUGUCAGCAGGGAUUGCUGUCAGAAACUUCCCUGUGACUUUGACUCCUAAACUUCUAAGGUACGAGAAGACAUCAUGUUCCCUAUUCCCAACCUCCUCCACCAGAACUUUGCUACUGCUUUUCCCCUCAUAAGAAAAACAGAGCUUGGGCAGAGUCUGGCUCCUUUUGUACCUCCUGCAAUCUUCCUUGCAUCUAUUUGCCCCCACAUAAGGUCUGCCAGCCUGUCCUGGACCAACACAAACAGCUUCAAAGGGAUGGGAGUUCAAAAAUCUAAUUUUAUAUAUGUGUUUGACUUGCUUGAUUUUGUUUUCUUCCCUGUUUCCCACGAGUUUUGGAGAGAAAAGGGAUAUUUGGAUGAUGUUGGAGGUUAGUGUUGUGCACAAUUAGGUGCUUUUAAGCAUUUGGAUAUUACUAUUUGAGAAAAUGCAAUUUAGACCAGAGAGAUUUGGUUGCUCCUGGCAGUUCCCUUUGUCUGCUGGCUGUGUCCUUUCCCUUCCUGUGGAAUUGCUCCAGGUUUGCUCAGGGCUGUAAAUCAGGCUGUCUUUGUGCAACCGGUCAGGCUGUCCCCACACACCCACAGAGAUGGAUGGUUCCUAUUCCCAGGAACCAACAAAUAAAAGAUUUCUUUUUUUAAAUUAUUAUUUUUCUCCAGGUACAAUCAAAGAAAAGAGAAGAUAAACAGCUGGCCUCAGAAAAGUCAGGAUUUUCCAAGCUUUCCCAGCCUUCCUGUAGGAUGAAUCCAUCAGAGCAGUGAGGAUUCCUGCAGAACUGGGCCAGCCAUGGGGAAAUUCCUGUUGUUUUGGACAUUCAGGGAGAGUGGCCCUGCCAGGAAAAAGUCAGAUGUCCUGGCACAACUCUCAGUGUGCACGUGGUGCCCAGGGCUGGGGUUGGCCAGCUCAGCCAAGGCAACCUGUUCCUAAUAGGAGCAAAUCCCUGUGGUGCCACCAGUGGUGGGAGCCAAGAGGGUCAGAUUUGCUGUUUAUCAUGUCAAUAUUCCCAUGUUUGUGCAAGGCUCACUAGGAUGAGCUGGAAGGUUGGCUUUAGCCAGGCUGAGAAGGCAGCUGGACUUCGUGCUGGUUUAUAUAACCUCCAGAGAAUGUCUCGUCUCCUUUGGGAAUGGAUUAGGAAGGAAAGGGAAUGUAGAGAAAAUGAGAUUCAGCCUAGUUGUGGAUAUGAAGGGAAGAAGGGAAAAAUGGCUUUUGAAUGGCCUUAAGAUGAAGGAGGGUAGAUUUGGAUGAGAUACUGGGAAGAAAUCUUCCCUUGUGAGGCUGCUGAGGCCCUAGCACAGGUUGUACAAAGAAGCUGUGGCUGCCUCUGGAUCCCUGGAAGUGUCCAAGGCCAGGCUGGAUGGAGCUUGGAGCAGCCUGGGACAGUGGAAGGUGCCCCUGCCCAUGGCAAGGGUUUGGAAUGAGAUGAGCUUUGAGAUCCCUUCCAACCCAAACCAUUCUGGGAUUCUGUGAUAAAUCUCAGCUGCCAGUGGUGUCUUGGCUCAGGAGAUGAAGUAGCACUGGCUGGAAUGAUGGAGCAGAGGGACAGCAGGGAAAGUUUAGGAAGAAAAAGGCACUCCUUAGCUUUUGUUUAGCUUAAUCUUGAAAUUAUUCCCCUUGUAGGAGAAAGCAUCGACUGCACAGGAAAAGCUGAAUCACUGGUACAAAUCUGGUUAUUUAACAAGUGACUCCAGUGAUGGAAAAACUAUUUGUGCAGAAGUCCCAAAACAGCUCCCCAUGGUGCUGUGCCAGAGAGGGGAGCUGGGAGAAGGAAGCUGAAGGUGGAGGUUUCCCCAGGAGGCUUUGGAGUGCAAACCCCAGCACUCAGUCCUGUGCUGCUCACAGGAGAUUCCAGGGAUAUCCACGUGGGCACACAGAACAUCCUGAGCUUUUAACCCUGCUAAUGCUUCCCAUUUCUGCUCCCUCUGGUUUUGGGGCUGCAAGCUUCCCUCUGGCAGAUGUAGCCAUGGGAUUGGCUCAAGGACAGCUCCCUGCCCUUAAUUCCCCUGGCUCGCUGUGCUAAUUCUGCUCUGUUAAUCACCUUAGAGUCAAUUUGAGGUGCUUCACACCAAUGGACACUUAAGUGGGUCACCACUCAGUGACACCUUUGCUCUUUCUGCAUCAGCACCUGGACAGAGGUGACUUGUCCCUUACCUUUGGUGACCUCCUCCUUUGUCAGGCCACCAGUGCCAUCUUGGCAAAGAUGGGAGGAAGGAGGGGAGCACCAAUCCAACUUUCCAUCAAACUGGGGGCAGUGAUCAAUCACGUCUCAGGAGAGCUGGAGCAGUGUCUGAUGGUCCCAUGUGCUUUUGGGCAAGGGAUGUUUUGCAACCAUCCCAAAAUCUUGGCAGCUCUGGCAGACACUAGUCCUUGAUAGGAGAGGGAAACUGGGUUCCAAAUCUGAUCCCUUUCACAAUGGAAUGAUGUGUAUGUGGAGAAGACCUCGUGGGCUGUGUUUGAGUGGUGCCUCAACUGACUGAGUUGGGAAAACCCAAAAAAUAAUUUUCCAUUUUUCUGUUGUCAGCAGCUGGGCAUUGCUACUUUCUCCUCAACAUGCUGGUUUGAAAAGCCUGGCUUUACACAUUCAAAAUACACAAAUGACUUAAACCCUCUCUCUUACUGCAGCACGUGGGACUCAUCACUGUCCCAACACCACCACAUCCAGGAGAGCUUCUCUGAAACCAUUUAUUAAAUAUUUCAGUGGAGACCUUAAAAACUGUUCUUCUCUGUUUAGAGCCAUUACAGAAAGGAAAUUGCUUCUUAAUCUCUGUCAUCUCUCUUGUGUUUGAUUAAUUUGUGUAUCAUGGGGCACAGCAGGCUCCACAUGUCUUUGCUUUUAAUUCUUUACUUUAUGUCCAUAAAUUCUUUAUUUUAUUUUGUUCCCAUGAAAUGGUUUGGGCUGGAAGGGAUCCCUAAAGAUCAUCCAGCUCCUGACUUGCCCACAAGCUCCUGCUGCACCCUUCAAGCCCAGGCAUCCUGUUACUGUGGAGCUGUUGAUUUUCUGCAGGGAUGUGGAAGGAGUCAUGGCACUGGAACGCUGCUGGAACACUAUGGCUUCACCAUUCCUUGCCCUCUAGUGCUGUUGGAUUCCGUUUCACUCGCAUACCUUCGCCAAAUCAGGUGUUCAGUUUCAGCACUCUGUGAGCUCCAGCAUGAUGGGGAGACAAGAACGAGCAAGGCACGGGAUUGGUAUUGGCAGCAGCACUCUGACCUCUGUUCACACUUUAUUUCUCCCUCCCCAGGGUCAUGCUGAAGCCCAGGCUGCGAUGCUUUGCUCCAUUUGGGGUUGUGAGCAUGGCCUAAAGGUUUGUGGACUUGCAAAGGGUGGUAAUUUCAACUGUGAAUUAUUUACCUGGAGGUGUCGGACCAGGCACUGACUCCAGCUGAGAAAGCAACAGCACCUUCAGCUCAGAACCCGAACUUCCAGGUUUUAUCAGGCACCUGUAAGCAAUAAGGGAAUGAAACACACAGAGAAAGUGCAAUAUGACUCCUACAUUUCACAGAAAAAAAACAACUGCUGCUUAAUGAAGGCCAGGCUAAUUGAGGCAAAUUAAAUUAAUCAGGCAACUGAACCAGCCACACCCAUUCCAAGGAGGAUGGGUGUAAUCACAGGCAAUUACUGUGGUUAAUCCUCUCAUUGUCACCUGCAUAGCCAACACCUGGCCAAGAAGUUGGGGAGUUACCUAACUGUGCUCAGGACGACGCUGCAGGCAAGGGUGGUGCAUCCAGGUGAGGACCCUUCUUCUUGGCCUUUUCCCACUCCUUUCUCGAAUUUGUGCUGAGCCUCCCUUGACCUGAGCAGCCUGGGCUUGACCUUCAAACCUCAAUGGCUGGCAGAAGGUAGAAAAGCUCUGACACAGGAUGUUUUAGAGCAUAUAAUCAUUCACCCCAGUGGAACUUGUACCCACCAACCUCUCUGGGGUGUAGAUAUAACACCUUUAUUUUUAUUUUAUUAUUUAUAUAAUUUAUAUGUUAUGUUCUGCUGUGGAGGAAUGAUUCCUCCUGGCUCGCUAUGGAAUUCUGGAUUAUUUCCUUCAUACUAUUUACAAGAUGGUUUCUAAAUGGAUGAUAAUUGUGUGGAUGGAGAUACUCACUUUACAGCAGCUCCACCAAUGCCCUAUUCUGUAGAAUCCCCAGGACAGAGGGAUGGUGUAGGGACUACUCAGUUUGGAAGUGUUUCUAUGUGAUAUUUGAGGGAUUUAGGCUAAUUUUUCAAUAAAAUAUACAUGAUAACAUGAUAUAACCCAGCAUGAAUACUGGAAAAAAAAAAAAAGAGGGUUUUUCAGAGGCUGAACUUGCUGUUGUUUUUUGGUUUGGUUUGUUGUUGUUGUUUUUAGCAGAGUUUUAAAAACCUGUUGCAAGAAGGAAGUUCACAACUGUAGCUGCCCCAUCCCUGGAAGUGUUCAAGGCCAGCUUGGAGGGGAUAAAAUCUACAUCUGAACACCAUGAGGCUGUUUCUCCCCAUGCUGAUGCCACAUGCAAAUUAUGUUGUGAAGAAGUUUCCUGAACCCUCUAGAAAUGGGCUCUUGCGGAAAUCAAUUUCCAUUGGAAUGUGAUUCAUCUGAGUGACCCACACGAACCAGUGACUCUCCAGAAACCUGCAAAACCAGGAAAAUUCAUGACAAUUUCUACUGGA